UCAGUGUUGUAAACAGAGGAGCUGUUACGGAACAGUCAGUGUGCAGCGCUUAUAUCAUCUCUGAUACACACACACACACAGAGAGUGGCUGGAGUUCAAACACACAACCCUGCCUUGCUUUAAUAGCCCGUUUUUUUCAAAUUAUCCUACAUUUCAGCAGUUUUACUUCAGAAAAGUUCGUUGGUGGACUGUCGUUGAGUCAUUUGAGAAGAUGCUGAAAACUCUGGGCAAGGUCAUGUUUUCAACAGGACUGGAGAAUCCAAAGUUCACUCCUCAAGACAGCAAGGGCCAGGACUACGAGGUCCGCACCUACCACCAAACAAACUGGGUCAGUACCACAGUGACUGGGGUGGAGCAAGAGCCUGCCUUAAACACUGGGUUUAACAGACUCUUCAAAUAUAUCCAAGGAAAUAACGAAAAGAAGGUUAAAGUGGAGAUGACAGCGCCAGUGACUUUCUUGAUUAACCCUGGAGAAGGUCCAGCUUGUGAGAGCUCCUUCACUGUGUCCUUCUACGUUCCUGAAGAGCACCAGGCUGACCCACCUAAGCCAAGCGCCCCUGAAAUUUUUGUUGAGGACAGGAAAGAGUUGACUGUGUUUGUGAGGACCUAUGGAGGUUUUGCCAAUGCCCAGAAUACUCAUGACGAGCUUCUGAAACUGGUUGAGAGCUUGAAGAGGGAUGGAAUGGCCUUCAAGGAGGCUCCGUACUACCGUGUGGGCUAUGAUAGCCCCUUUAAGCUAGUCAAUCGCAGGAAUGAAGUAUGGCUCAUCAAACAGGAGGAUGGAAAGGAGUAAGCUCAAAAAAUGUUUACACCGUGUCAUGAAAGAGGUCAAGGUUGUGGCUUAGCUUGGGAAGUGAUCUUGUACUAAUGAUUUACAUUCACAAGUGCCUGGAAAAUUGGAAAAUCAUUUUUUAAAUACUCAUUUGCUGAGAUUUUUAAAUGCUUAUUAAUUACAUUUAGUGAGUUCAUUUACAUUUAGCUAUUUGUGAAAUGUGGAGUGAUGUCACAAAUUUUUUUCCAAGUAAUUUUUACCAUCUUCAUUGGUCCAUUUACCAUGGAAUGUAAACAGCAGCAAGCAACUGCAGUAAGUUUUAAUAUGACCACAUAAAAUACUAAAACAAAUAACGAAGAAGCUUUAGCUAAUCUCAGAUGCAGAGACACUGUAGGGUGUGACUGAACUUGCAGGGCACAUGGAUCUUUUUUUUUUCUUAUUUCUGUUGAUGCCAUGUUGGUGAGCUUUGAAGGUGCUUUAUUCGCAUCACUGAAUUGUUAAAGAUUGCCUAGAACGGUCAGUGCUAUUGUGCUGUUACUGCAUCCACUUUUUAUUGCACUUGCCUGUAAUUCAUUAUAUGACCAGUUUAAUGUGAACACUAACACAUUCCUAUCAUCUUGAAGUUUAAAGCCUUCAAGAAGAAUCUGUUCUAAAGGGAUUUCACGUACUUAAUUUUGCUUCAUAAGGAAUGUAUAUACCAACUUAAAUGUUUAACUAAAAAACUGAUUCAUGUUAGAAAUGUCAAAUUCUAAUAAGUUAGUAGAAUGUAUGUUAUUUUUCAUUUAUUAAAUAAUAAAUACAGUUGUUUUCAA